UAUGUGGGCGCUGGGACGGAGGUCUAGGCUGCUGUUUAGACUGGCCACGCCCCCUGUGUGUGUGAGGGGGGGGGAGAUGGGGGAGAUGGGGGAGGGGGGGAGGGCAGGGGUGUGUGUGAGGUGGCUCCGCAGCCAGCAUCUCUCCUCAGACAUCCUGGAGGCCAUGACACCACUGCAGGAGGCCCUGGUACACACAGACUCCUCCCCCCCAGACGUUCUGUCUGCGGCCCGCAGCAGUAUGUCCCGCCUCCUGCACCUCCUGCUCCACCAAUCAGAUGCCAGCUCCAGCCUCCCUUCCUGUGGAGGAGACAAGUGUUCCCUAGCUAGCAGACUGGGCCGAGGCCUGGUCCAGCUCAACACCAGAGAACACAGCAGCCAGUCCUUAGUGGCCACACUGCAACAGCACUUCCUGGUUUUCACCCAACGGCUGCACUCGGCUGAGGUGGAGAGGCGGGGCCUGCGGCUGGAGGUGGCCUGUCUGAGGCAGGCGGGGCAGAGCUCUGCCCCCUGCUGUCAGGACCCCAAAGACCAGGGCCCGGCAGAGCGUUUCCAGAGGGUGUGUGUGGAGUUGAGGAAGGCUCUGGACAGAGAGCACACAGCCCAGAAACUGUUGCAGGAGCAGAGCCAGAGUCUAGCGGAAGCGAAGCGGGAAGUCCGUCGUAAGGAGCAGUCGCUGAGGAUUCUGGGUAAGCACCUGUCAGCGCUGCAGCAGGAGAGGAGGAGCCUGGAGGAUGCACUGCACUCUGCUGCCAGGAGUCAGGACUCCCUGGUCAGCUACAUGAGGACAGCAGAGAGCAGCUACAGAGAGGCCAGGGAUAGUAUCCUCCAAUCACAGGGCUCUUUAGUGAGCAAGGACCGCCCCCUCCUGCUACCCCGGAUGCAUCUGGAGCCGGCGGGAACAGACAGGAUUAUGGGAGGACAACAUGUGGUGGCCUGCCAGAGCCUAUUGGCUACCUUCUCUGAGCUGUGGCAGGCAGCCUGCUCCAGGAUUGGUGCGUUGGAACAGGAAGUGUCCGCCCAGAAGCAGCAUGUCUCCGCCCUCAGGGCGGAGCUUAAGGACGCCUGCCUCAGAGAGAGCCUGGCCCUCGUCCCCGUGGCCGAGCCCCGCUCCCCUGACCCGGCCUCUGUCCUGCUGAGGGGGCCCCCCUCCUCCCUGCCCCCCAGGGCAGCUAAGGGCCCAAAGAAGCACCCCAAGAAGAGCCGGACUGGGACCCCAAGACUCUGAGCAGGAGUUAGAGACCCAGACCCCCCCUGGAGGACCAGCCCCCCCUGGAGGACCAGCCCCCCCUGGAGGGCCAGACCCCCCCUGGAGGACCAGCCCCCCCUGGAGGACCAGCCCCCCCUGGAGGACCAGCCCCCCCUGGAGGGCCAGACCCCCCCUGGAGACCCAGACCCCCCCUGGAGACCCAGACCCCCCCUGGAGGGCCAGCCCCCCCCUGGAGGGCCAGACCCCCCCUGGAGACCCAGACCCCCCCUGGAGACCCAGACCCCCCCUGGAGACCCAGACCCCC